UCUCCCCCUUUAACUUUUAUUCAUUAAAUUUUAACUUAAAAAGAAUCAAAAUCAGAUAUAUAUUCUGUUUCGUUUGGUCUGGUUGUCUGAAAUGGGCGGCUCUACAAAAUGGAUCAAAUCAUUAAUUGGGUUUCAAAAAUCCAAUUCCAAUUGCCAAGAACAAGAGAAGAUUGGUGGAAGCAAGAUUAGAACUUGGAAGCUGUGGAGGAGUCAGUCAGGCGGGCCUGGGGGAGGGUUUUCAUCGAAAGGGAUAAAAGGAGGGCGGUUAUCGACUUCGGAUGCUGGUGGUUCUCGGUCUGAAGAUGUUUCUUUUUCUGCUGCUGUUGCUACUGUGGUUAGAGCCCAGCCUAAAGAUUUCAUGGUUGUUAAGCAAGAAUGGGCUGCUAUCCGAAUUCAAUCUGUUUUUCGCUCUUUCUUGGCAAGACAAGCUUUAAGGGCUUUAAAAGCAUUGGUAAGGCUGCAAGCCAUAGUACGAGGACGGCUAGUUAGAAAACAAGCAGAUGUGACAUUAAGGUGUAUGCAGGCUCUUGUCCGAGCUCAAGCCCGUGCUAGAGCUCAGUCUGGUCGUGCUACAGAAAGCCUGGAAACUUCAAGAAACCAAGGUGGCACGAUCAAACAAACCGAGGGUGGAUGGUGCAAUAGUCAUGGGACUGCAGAAGAAGUGAGAUCAAAGGAACAAAUGAGACAAGAUGGUGCCAUGAAGAGGGACAGGGCUAAAGCUUAUGCCCUUAAUCAACAGAGAGUAAGAACAAGUAAGGCUGGUUCUCCAAGAUCUUCCAAGCAAACACCUGAAUGGAGCUGGUUGAAUGGUUGGAUGGCUACCAAAUCUUGGGAAAACAACAGCUCCCCUAAAGUUUCAUCUGAACUUAAGGGUUACGAUGAACGCAGUGUUAAAUCCUGCUCUUUUUCUACUGAACAUGAUCCAUUGAAGGUCAGAAGGAAUCUAGUGUCAACCCGGGUUUCUGCAAAACCAUCUAUGUCAAGUCCAAUCACACAAUCAUCAUCAACGAACCCAUGUUCUGGCUCUAUGUUUGACGAGAGCACGUCAUCAACCAAUUCAUCAUCUUCAACUUCUGAAACUCGUGUGUCGAGCAGCAGUGGUAAAGAGGGCAGUGUAAGCAAACCUAGCUACAUGAAUCUCACAGAGUCCAUCAAAGCCAAAAGGCGAGGUUCCAGCUUCUUAUCUCAUGGUCAGAAACCAAGUCCACUUUCAAAAGGGGUAACUGCAAGAAUAACUGCUGAUACUGAUCUUUACUCCGCGGAAUUGGGUAAAGAUCUGUACCCGCCUAUGUUUAUCGACAGAUAUGACGAAGUGAGAAGUCGCAGGGCCUAAAAGGACACGUUUAAGUGAUUAACAAGAUUGCUGUUUUGGUUAUACUUUAAUGCUUUAGUGUUCAACAGCUUGUUGUGUUACUUGUUUUGGAUGAUGAGCUCCAAAACAAGCUUUAGAGGAAAGUCAGUUGAGAUUGUGAAUCUUUUGGAUUUCUGUUUUUAUACAUAGAUAGGGAAGUGGGGAUCAUAGGAUUUGUAAUGAUUUGGUUACAAUUUCCUUCUUUAUCUUUAAAGAACUUGCACAGUACAGAAGUGGAACUGUUUGUGCAUUUCCUAACAUAUGCUACGUCGAACUUUAAUUAAACUAAAUGAAG